AUGGCUUCUUGUGACAAAGCAGAAAACCCAAGUCCAUGCGCCCGGGGUUGUGGCAUCUAUGGAGCCCCACGCAAUCACAAUCUUUGUUCCCAAUGUUAUAAAGCUUUCUUGAAAGAAAAAGCCCCCAAGGAUGCAUUAACUUUAUCUGAAAAGAUAUCUUCUCUUACUAUUAAAACUGAAAAAGAUGAUUCGACGAUAAAGACGAAAACACAAAGGUGUAUGGUUUGCAGGAAGAGAGUGGGACUAAUAGGAUUCAGUUGUAAGUGUGGUGAAAUAUUUUGCAGGAAUCAUAGGUAUCCAGAGGAACAUGCAUGCACAUUCAAUUUCAAGUCUAUUGGACGUGUGAUCUUGGCUAAGGAAAAUCCUCUCUGCAAAGCUGAUAAACUUGAGAAUAGGAUCUAA